GUGAAGAUGGAUGGUGUCGGUGUUUGUGCUAAUAACAAACAGAAGCCGAAUCAAAUGCUGCCGAAUAAAAUGAGAGGAGAAUUCACCCGAAACCAGAGGAAAGAUUCUGAGGGUUUAUCAGAUGCUCCUGAUCUGGAGUUUGAAUAUUCAGAUGCUGAUAAAUGGAGCUGUGAACUCUCAGAGUUGUACAGUUACACCGAAGGUCCAGAGUUUCUGCUCAACAGAAAAUGCUUUGAAGAAGAUUUUCACACCCACCUGCCCAGUGAGAAAUGGAUCGAGGUGGACACGGCUCACCACAGAGCUCAUGCCAUGCGUCUGCUGGACGGGCUGGACGUCAUCGGCAGAGAACGACGCCUAAAAGUCGCCAGAGCCAUUCUGUAUAUGGCACAAGGGACGUUUGGCGAGUGCGGCUCUGAGCCGGAGGUGCAGCACUGGAUGAGGUAUAACAUCUUUCUGCUGUUGGAUGUUGGAGCUUUCACUGCCCUGGUGGAGCUGCUCAAUAUGGAGAUCGAGAAUAGUGCCGCAUGCAGCAGUGCGGUCAGGAAACCUGCCAUCUCACUGGCCGACAGCACCGACCUCAGGGUGUUGUUGAACAUCAUGUACCUGAUGGUGGAAACCAUCCAGCGCGAGGAACCCACAGACACUCCAGAGUGGAGAAGCAUCAGAGAAACCUUCAAAGCCGAACUCGGUUCUCCUCUCUAUAACCACGAGCCCGUCUCGGUCAUGCUGUUUGGCAUGGUGACCAAGUUCUGCAGCGGUCACGCCCCUCAUUUUCCCAUGAAGAAAGUUCUGCUGUUGCUCUGGAAGACCGUCCUGUUCACUUUCGGAGGGUUCGAGCAGUUACUGAGCAGUAAGGUGAGCAAACGUGUGGCGCUGGGUUUGCCUCCGCUGCCGGAGGACAGCAUCCGUGUAGUGAGGAGAAUGAGAGCCGCAUCGCCGCCGGCGUCUGCAUCUGAUCUCAUCGAACAACAGCAGAGACGUGCCAGGAGAGAACACAAGGCUCUUAUAAAGCAAGACAAUCUGGACGCGUUCAACGAGAAAGACCCAUACAAGGCGGAUGACGCUCGCGAGGACGAGGAGGAAAACGACGAUAACGACAACUCUAUGGAGGCGGAGCCAUUUCCCCUGGAGCGUGAUGAGGUCAUGCCGCAGCCCGUCCCCCACCCCCCCUCGGAGAGGGUCUGUUUUCCCAAGGGUCUGCCCUGGGCUCCUAAAGUCAGGGAAAAGGACAUCGAGAACUUUCUGGACUCCAGUAGAAGCAAAUUCAUCGGUUACACCUUGGGAAACGACACCGAUACAGUGGUUGGUUUGCCCAGACCGAUUCACGAAAGCAUCAGAACGCUCAAACAGCACAAGUAUGUGUCCAUCGCUGAGGUUCAGAUCACUAAAGAAGAAGAAUAUCAGAAGACGCCUCUGUCUGGAGGUGAAGAGGAGUUGGAGUUGUGUGCCACGGAGCUCCUGUACCAGGGUAUUUUACCCAGUUUACCGCAGUACAUGAUCGCUCUCCUCAAGAUCCUAUUGGCUGCUGCUCCCACGUCUAAAGCCAAGACGGACUCCAUCAACAUACUGGCAGAUGUUCUACCUGAAGAAAUGCCUACCACAGUUCUUCAGAGUAUGAAGUUGGGCGUUGAUGUGAAUCGACAUAAAGAAAUCAUCGUCAAAGCCAUUUCAGCCAUACUCCUGCUGCUGCUGAAACACUUCAAACUCAAUCACGUCUAUCAGUUUGAGUACAUGGCUCAGCAUCUGGUGUUCGCCAACUGUAUUCCACUCAUCCUGAAGUUCUUCAACCAGAACAUCAUGUCUUACAUCACGGCCAAAAAUGGCAUCUCGGUUUUGGAUUUCCCACACUGCAUCGUGCACGAGCUUCCUGAACUCACAGCUGAGAGUCUGGAAGCUGGCGAUAACAAUCAGUUCUGCUGGAGGAAUUUAUUCUCCUGCAUCAACCUGCUGCGCAUCCUCAAUAAACUCACUAAAUGGAAACACUCCAGGACUAUGAUGUUGGUGGUGUUUAAAUCCGCUCCCAUCCUAAAGAGGGCGCUGAAGGUCAAGCAGGCCAUGAUGCAGCUCUACGUGCUCAAACUGCUUAAAGUUCAAACCAAGUAUCUUGGGCGGCAGUGGAGGAAGAGCAACAUGAAGACCAUGUCAGCGAUAUACCAGAAAGUGCGUCAUCGUCUCAAUGACGACUGGGCUUAUGGCAACGACCUGGAUGCCCGUCCAUGGGACUUCCAGGCAGAAGAAUGCGCCCUACGCGCCAACAUCGAACGCUUCAACAGUCGCCGUUACGAACAGAACCAGAGCAACCCGGAGUUCCUGCCGGUGGACAACUGCCUCCAGAGUGUCCUGGGACAACGUGUCGACCUACCUGAAGACUUCCAAAUGAACUAUGACCUUUGGCUGGAACGUGAGGUCUUUUCCAAGCCCAUUUCUUGGGAGGAGCUUCUACAGUGAGUUCUGGAGCUCCAUUGCUGGAUGACUAUAAUCUUCAAACGACACUACGCUUUAUAGUCCAACAACAGGGACCAUUACUUGUGUGUGUUUGUGGAAUAUCUAUAUACUGGCACAUCUGUGGUAAACAAGGUUUUUACUCUUAGCAAAAGAAAGUGUGUUAGCCAGAUGUGCAAUGAGGUUAUUUUUAAUGGUUGUUUUAUUGAUCAUCUAUAUCUGAAUAUUAAACCUGAUGUUAUUGUAAAAGACUGUAUUUAUCCCGAAGUGCUUUGUGCUUUUAUCACUGUAAGGCUUUAUAACACAAUACAGUGACUCUUAUCUCUGGACCCUCAUUUUUUUCGUCUUUCUUGCCAUUGAAAGUGAAAAUAAUGUGAGGUUGCAAAGAUGUUUGACACACAUUAAACUUUCUUUUAUAAUAAAUGAAAACAGCAUUAACGAGAGAAGAAAGGGCCACAAACUGCAAAUAUUAAAUUAAAAUAGUGACUUUC